AUGACUGGCUUCGGGCCGAUACCUCAACCUCGCCUCUCGAUAAAGGGACGAGGUUGUGGUAUCGGCCCGAAGCCUGUCAUGCCUCUGACCUUUACCCUGGCCUUGCCCCUGCUCAUCCCUAGCCGCCCAAGAGCUGGGGGACACUGGCAGUUGCAGGUCCAAUGCGGGGCAGCGCGGGCCCUCCCCGCCCGGUCCCCCACCCCACUCUCGCGGCUUCCAAUUGAGGAUGGGGUGCGACUCCCGCCGCUGCCGCCUCCGCCGCCGCCUUUGCUGCCUUGGUUGCCGCACGGUCUGCCUGUAGUGAUGAAGCUGGGACUCCAGGCUGGGCUUCCAGUGUUACUCCUGCUGCUGCCGGCAGUUCUACCUGUUUCAGCAGCCAAUGACCCUGCAGACCCAGACAACCCCUUCUACUAUGACUGGCACAACCUGCGAGUGGGUGGCCUGAUCUGUGCUGCGAUCCUGUGUGCCAUUGGCAUCAUCGUCCUCAUGAGUGGCAGAUGUAAAUGCAGGUUCAGCCAGAAGCACAACCCCCGCGGUGGGAAUGUGCCCACCCCUCUCAUGGGCCCAGGCUCUUCCAGUAACUGCUGAGUCUGGAGCGGGUGGACGACGCUCCCGACCCCAGCCUCUGACCACCUUGACUCCCCACCUCCAGGCUCCUACAGCCUCUGUUCUGUUUUACCACGUUAAUAAAGCGUCUCCACACCAA